AUGGAGAAGUUUUAUAAAAGAAAAUUACGAUCAGAAGAACAAGACUCAAUUUCUCAGCAGCAAUAUAUUGCGUGUAAUUUGGAAGAGUUGCCGUCGGAUCCUGGAAAACGUCCUAAAAUGUCAGCAUAUCAUCCGAAUAAUCAAGAGAUAAUACGUCGAACAUAUUUACAAAGAGAACCAUGUCAACCUACUCAACACAAUUUUCCCCAAAGAAGAAUUGGAAAUUUAAUGAGAAGAUUUUGUUCCCCAUGGUUUAACGAAUUUGGAAAUUGGUUAGAGUAUAGUAUAGAUAAAGAUGCCGCAUUUUGUUUAUGUUGUUAUCUUUUUAGACCCGAUUUUGGAAAGCAAUCGGGUGGUGAUACAUUUGUAACAGAGGGAUUCACAAGUUGGAAUAAAAAAGCUAAACUUGCAUCACAUGUUGGAGGCCCUAAUUGUGCUCAUAACAUUGCUUGGAAGAAAUGUGAAGAUUUGAUGAAUCAAAAUCAACAUAUUGAAGUUGUGAUAUCUAAACAAUCUAAACAAACUCGUGACUUGUAUCGAAGGCGGUUGACAGCAUCACUUGAUUGUCUUCGCUAUCUAUUGAAGCAAGGGUUGGCUUUUCGCGGUCACGAUGAAUCAAUAGAAUCUUAUAAUCAAGGAAACUUCCUUGAAAUGCUUAGAUGGUAUGCUGACAAAAAAAAGAAAGUGAGACGAGUUGUAUUAGAAAAUGCUCCAAAAAAUCUAAAAAUGACUUCUCCAUCAAUUCAAAGAGAUAUCAUUAAAGCGGCGGCUUUGGAAACUACCAAAGCAAUUAUUAAUGACCUUGGAGAUGAAUUGUUUUCUAUUCUUGUUGAUGAAUCCAGGGAUAUAUCUGAUAAGGAGCAAAUGGCUGUUGUUUUGCGUUAUGUUAACAAAGAUGGAAUUAUUGUUGAACGGUUUUUGGGUAUUGCUCAUGUUAAAACUACAACAUCCUUGUCAUUGAAAAUGGCCAUAGAUGAAUUGUUAUGCAAACAUGGACUUACUACUUCUAGAAUUCGAGGACAAGGUUAUGAUGGUGCGAGUAACAUGCAAGGAAAGAUUUUUGGUCUUAAGAGUUUGAUAUUAAAGGAAAGUCCAUGUGCAUUUUAUGUACAUUGUUUUGUUCAUCAAUUGCAACUUACAUUAGUUGCUAUUGCUAAAGAUCACCUUCAAGUUUGCUCUCUUUUUAGCUUAAUAUCCACUUUAUUAAAUGUUGUUGAGGGAUCUUGCAAAAGGAAUGACAUGCUACAUGAAGGACAAAUGAUGAAGGUUCGAGAUGCUUUGGAAAAUGGAGAAAUUGUUAGUGGAAAAGGUUUGAAUCAAGAAACUAGCCUCAAGCGACCUGCUGAUACUCGUUGGAGUUCUCACUAUGCCACUUUGGUGAAUUUGAUAUUGAUGUAUAGUUCUGUUACAAGUGUUCUUGAAACUUUGAGAGAUGAUGUAUCCGCUAAAGAUGCAAGAGGCGAAGCAAAUGGUCUUUUACUUUUAAUGGAUAAUUUUAAUUUUGCACUCACUUUGCAUUUGAUGAAAAAUGUCUUAGGUACUUCAAAUGAGUUGUCUCAAGCAUUGCAAAAGAAAGAUCAAGGCAUCAUCAGUGCCAUGAACUUGGUUAACAUCACAAAGAAAAGAUUACAAAAUCUUAGAGAUGAUGGGUGGGAACCUUUAUUGGAAGAGGUAUGUUUAUUUUGCAUUGAACAUGAUAUUGACAUUCCGAAUAUGGAUGAUAUAUUCUUUAGUGGUAAAUCAAAGCGCGGAAGUGAUUCUCAUUCUAUCACAAUAAGGAAUCACUAUCGCAUUGAAUUAUUUUAUACUGUUGUGGACAUGCAGCUUCAAGAACUUAACAAUCGUUUUAAUGAGACAAAUAGUCGAUUGCUCAUUUGUAUGGUUUGUUUGUGUCCAAGUAACUUGUUCUCUACUUUUGACAAGGCAAAAUUGAUGGAAUUUGCAAAGUUUUAUCCAAGUGAAUUUUGUCCGACUAGUUUGGUGAUGCUUGAUAAUCAACUUGAGACUUACAUAAUUGAUAUGCGUACGAGUGCUGAAUUUGCAUCUUUGAAAGGAAUAAGUGAUCUUUCGAAAAAGUUGGUUGCAACUAAAAGGCAUAUUGUUUAUCCAUUACUUUAUAAGCUUUUGAAGUUAGCAUUGAUUUUACCUGUCGCCACAGCAACUGUUGAACAAUCCUUUUCUGCUAUGAAGAUUUUGAAGACUAGAUUGCGUAACCGAAUAGGAGAUGAGUGGAUGAACAAUUGUCUUGUAACUUAUAUUGAGAAAGAUGUGUUCUCUAAAGUUGAUAAUGAGUUGAUUAUUCAACGGUUUCAAAACUUGAGACCGCAUAGAGGACAAUUAUAG